AUGAGCGCCAGGCUCAGAACGCCUUGGUUUCGCACGGAUGCUGGCGUUGCGCGCCGACGAGAUGUACAGGAGAGAUCUCGUUGGCGUACGCGCCUGACCCCUCGAAGUAUUAUUCUAGUGAGAGCCGAAACUGGCGAAAUAUCGCCGAAGAGUCUAGCUUCAGUAGUGAGCUCGUUUCAAGCAGUCCCUGAUCCAAUGCAAAGAUACCGGCAGUUGCUCUUCAUGGCGAAAACCCUUACACCUGUACAGGCGGAAAGACUGUGUGACAUGUACAAGGUUCCAGGCUGUGUUUCGCAGGUCUGGAUAAUUCCGUCGCUCAAAGACGGCCUGGUGUACUACGACGCGGAGUCUGACGCACUGCUGACCAAAGGUCUAGCUGCUCUACUAAUAAAGGCUCUCAGCGGUAACUCGCCAGAAGAAAUAUCUAGUGUGACGCCAAAUUUCAUCGCUGACCUCGGUCUGAAAAGCGCACUUACACCCUCCAGAACAAAUGGCCUGCUCAACAUGCUCAGCCUCAUGCAAAACCAAGCAAGAAGUUUCCUAUGA